UUAAUUAUAAUUGGUUUUUUUUUUCAUAUUGAUGAACAACUAUUAAAAAAUAGAAUGAUUGUAGACUAAGAUGUAUAGAAUAGCACAUUAACCUCAUUUGAAAUAUGAUAUUUUAUAAUUAACAUUUAAAUCUUGUAUUUUUUUUAAUCCGAGUCUAGAGUACAUUAUUAUAUUAGCUGUAAGAGUGGAUGUAUUUUAUUUUACUAUAGAAUAUUAUUCCCACAAAUUGUGGAAUUAUAACUAGCAACACAAGUCAAUAUUUCGAGCGAGCGAGAUAAAUAGACGCGGAUCGAGGAGGACGAGGGGAAGGACGUGCGUUCAGCCGCGUUCCGUUCCGUUGACGCUCAACAUCGAUACUCGCCGGCACACUGCGCUGUGAUAAUAACGUUGCAACAAUGGAUUCUAAAGACGAAAUUAAACUUAUAACUCUGGUUCAACAAUAUCCGUGUCUUUACGAUAUAUUUGACCCCUCGUACAAUGAUUCUCAACAGAAGUAUAAUGCGUGGGAGGAAAUAGGAAAAUUAGCUGAAAACAGACCAAGAGAAUGUAAGGUGAAGUGGACUCGAUUAAGAGAAAAUUUCAGAAAAGCUUUAAAAAUGAGAGAAGCAAAUAAAAAAGGUGGCUUAAUCCGACCACUGAAAUACGAAAAUCAUUUAUCAUUUCUAAAGCCCUUCAUAAAAAUACACGCCGCUCCCCCUGCGGCGCAAUCGGACGAAUCAAGUUGUAUGUCUGACGAAGAUUCUUCAAUUAUUAGCAAUCAAAAUGAAAAUGGAAUAUUUGAGAGUCGGAAGAAACAUAAAUCUUUUUCUCAAAAAGUAAGGGAAAAUGAUCCAAUCGAUUCAUUUUUCAGCGCAUUAGCGACUACUGUGAAAACGUUCCCGAAAGAUCUUCAAAUACAUGUGAAACGGCAAGUCUUCGAUGCUGUGAAUGCUGCGGAAUUGUCCUUGCUGCCAUCUGCUUCUAAAUAUAAUGAAACAAAACAUGUUGCAAUAUGUUAUAAUGAUGAAAAUACAUCUGUCAUGCCAGAAAUAAAAACCGAGAUUCAUGAAGAUACUUAGUUUUCCAUGGAAAUAAUAUGAACAUUAUAUUUCUUGAGAGUUUGUGAUUGUUAUUUUGUUGAUUUUGCUUAUAUAAUAGUGUUGCAAAAUUAUGUAUUAAAAAAACAUAAACAUCUUAUAGAUU